AUGCACAACAAGGCCCCCCACCCCAUCCUGUACCGUACUCCCAAUUCGCCGGCCAACAGAUCUGCAGCCAUGGAGAAGCAGAAGCUGCGCCGUCUCGUGCGAGGACCACGUAGGGCCGCCGGCGAGCUGACCGCCCUCAUAGUGGGCAGGCUGGACACCCGCACCGCGCUCUCCACCGCCGUCCUCGCUAGGCGCUGGGCGCGUGUUCCUCGUGACCUGCCCGCUCUCGACUUCAGGGUCAGCGACAUACUCCCGCCAGAGUACGAUCAGGCCGUCGCUCUCCGCGAGGACAACCUGCCGCCUGACCCGGCCAUGGCCGGGAUGCUCGACGGUUUCCUGGCGCGCUGCGAGAUGGGCAGCACGAGGGCGUUGGCCGACGGAGUCACCAGCUUCUUGGCAGCCGACUGUGACGGCGACGCACGUCGCCGCGUCAAGACCCUCCGGCUCGAGUUCUUCCCCACGGAUCACGGCGGCAUCAUCGAGCAUCUGAUCGCCGCCGCUGUCGGCUCGUGGGGCGUGGAAGAUCUGGAGAUGGUCGUCAGACCAGCGUCCGGCCAUCAUGAUGGGCCCGCCUACCCCUUCCCCGACGACUGCCUCGGCGACGGCGGCAGGUCGCGCCUGCGCAGCCUGGCGCUGGGCAACACCACGCUCCCGCCGCUGCACAGCUACGAGGCGCUCACCACGCUCGUCUUGCAAGGCGUGGCCGCGUCCACGCCCGUCGCCGUCUACGAGAGGCUGUUCAGCGACCUCACACGGCUUCAGGUGCUGCAUCUCAUAUCAUGCAGCUGCACGGCGGACCUCGACCAUCUGGUGGUCGACGCACCGGGUUCAGCCAUGAGGGAGCUCGUCGUGGAAGAAUGCGCGUUCUCAAGGAUCACGGUGCGCGCCCUCCCAAUGCUCGCCCGCCUGGCGUGCAUAGGCACGACCGUGGUGCUCAGGCUCGACUCCGUUCCGAACCUCACGCAGGUGAACCUCACAUUCUGGGGGAGCAAGAAGCCCUCGAACUUCCUCGGGAAGGCCCCAGCAGGGACGACGAGCCUCGUCCUCCGGUUCACCAGGCCAAGUAGAUGGGUGGUGCCGAUGCACCUGGCCACGCCGUUCCUCGGCCUGAAGAGGCUCCUCGUCGCCGACCUGCCUUCCAACUGGGACGUCUCGUGGCCGCGCAUGCUCGUGCUUGCCGCGCGGUCGCUCGAGGUCCUGCACAGCCAUGUGGCUCACUCCGACGAGAAGCAGGGAGAGGAGAUAGCGUGGUGGCUCUGGCCGAGACCGAAGCGGAAGCUGCGGCAUCGGAACAUGAAGGAGGUGGUCAUGAUUGGAUUCACGCAGACAUCACGCCAGAUAAAGUUCCUGAGGGAUCUUGUGAGGAUGUGCAGAUCUUUACAACGCGUUGUUCUGCUCAGGGAUGGCCAAGUGCAGUACAAUGGACUCUGGGAUUGGAAGAUGGUCGGCCAGCCAGAAUGUCCAUGGAGCACUCAUGAUAAAAUGGCUGUAACGAAAAUGAUCGAGCCUGCGUCCAGGCCUCUGGUCGAUGUAAUCUUGGGAUGA